UCCGGGUCGCUCUGCGGCGCUUCACAGGUUGGAGGACUGACCUCGGCUGGGUUCUUUGCCGGCUCAAAGACGCGCAGGUGGGUUGCCAGAACGUUAUGGGUCUUAAAACCAUUUGGAGCAACUACAGAGUUCUGAUUGUUAUGGGAACUGGCCUUGCACUGGUACACUGGGGUUGGUAUAACAUCAAGUCCAGUCCUGUUUUUCAACCAAAGAGAAAUGAGCUUGUCCCAGAACCUGGCAUUGUGACAUACGUGCUGGACCAGGAGAAGCAAGCCAAGGGGAAGUAG